AUGUCAUUCCCAAGGAAAAAGAAAUUUGAUUGCAAGAAAUUAAAGAACACUGAAACAAAAGAAGACAGCUUCUAUAUAGAUAAAAUAUGGUUUCAGUGCGAGAACGAGAAUUGUUUAAAAUGGAGGUUGUUAUCUAGUGAAGAAGCUGCCCAAGUUGAUCGCAGUGAGCCAUGGUUUUGCUUCAUGAACACUGACCAAAACCAUAACACAUGCUCUGCUCCUGAAGAAUUCUUUCCUGAAGAGACUCAUGUUCUUAAAAGUGGAUUUAAAUAUGUCUAUUCACAAUUUCCUAUAGGAAGUCUAGUCUUGGUGAAAUUUUGCAGUUGGCCAAGUUGGCCAGCCAUACUUUGUCUUGAUCCUUUAAUGGGGGAAUAUGUGACCUGUGACCUUGAUGGAAAUGUUGAACAGUAUCAUGUAGAAUUCCUGGGUAAUCCACAUUCAAGAAAAUGGAUAAAAGCAAAUAGAGUUGGCCAUUAUAGUAUCACAUUAAAGGUAGACCCAAAACAUAUUACACCUAUUCUUCAUCAAUACAGAAAAUAAUGAAAAGCUCCAAAAAUGAUAAUAAAAACAAGAAGUAUAGUUUUAGAAAAAAUAAAAGUUGUCUCUGAGACAGAAGAUGUAUUAAAAGAUCUGGAACAAAUGCUGAAGGAAGCAGAAGAACCUGUGAAGACAUUAGGGGAGUCAGAUGCAUGUGGAAAUGAAAUACAAUCAGGAGGAAAGGUGUCUCUGUGCAGCACAGAAGCUUCAGAAGAUAUCCUAUGUGAAAACCAGUUUGAAGAGGAUUGUCUUAUAAUUGAUGGGAUACCCUUCAGAACUGGAGAAUGUAUUGAGGAUAUAACUGACAAGUUUAAAGAAAUAGAUGCUUUGAUGUCUCAAUUUUAGACUAGAAUGUAAAUGACUAAAAAUGAUUUAUUCUUGCAGCUAUCCAUUUUCUGAUGACAAAGGCAU